UCGUUCAGUUAUUAAAGGAGAGUUAAAUCAACCGGUUCCGGACCAACUGAGAGUUCUGUGAGUGUUAGAACAAAAGUUUUCAAAUUUGGCAGCGGAAUUUACUGGGGAAUACUGAAGACAUGAUCCGAUCCAGUAUACUGUUUAUUCUAGUCACGGCGGUACUUGUCACUGCUACGAGACAGUGCCCUUCGGAAGAGGACACGUGCGUCCCGUUCAAGUUCUGUCCCCGUAUUUACGAUGCGAUCAUGUCCGGGGAGGUUUACAAAAAUAGCACUUUGAGCCAAGAUAUCCGAUCACGAGCAUGUUUUGAUCUGGACAACGGCGAAGAACUGAGGGUAUGUUGUGCGCGUUCGGAUCUUAGUCUGGGAAAACAGUGUACCAAUUCUCAGAACAUCACGGGAACUUGUGUAGCUGCAGAACAUUGCAAACCGAUCGUUAAAUAUCUGAGACGAGGUCGUCGUAGUACGGUAAUCGAGCAAGAACUUCGUGAAAGCAUGUGCUACCAAGAUGGCAGCAAGGAGUACUACUGCUGUCCGGAAGGAUCCAUCUCGACUACACCGACCAAGAAGCAACGAAUCAAAAGCACUCAUAUGAUGGUGGAAAACGAUUUCUCUGUUUGUCACGAUACUUCGGGCAAGUCGGGUCUGUGUGUUCCUGUGCAGCACUGUGACCGGAUCCAUAACGUUUUCCGGAAUUCUACCAUUCGGAAGGAUGGCAAAUUGGCUAAGUUUAUCAACGCCAACCGAUGUCAAUCGGAUGCCAGGGAUAGUACAGCGAUAUGUUGCGCAAAAAUUCCGGGCAGUACGAAGCAUCCGGUUUUCAUUCGUCACCCGAAGGCAGCAAAACUCGGUCUUAGUAACUGUGGAACGGUACGAAUUUUCGAUAGAAUCCUGCAGGGUAGCGAAGCAUCCCUCGGGCAGUACCCUUGGAUGGCAAAUCUGCUGUACAGCUGGAAAGGAACCAUGAGGAUUUUCUGCAGUGGAUCACUGAUUCAUCCACGGUAUGUCCUCACAGCGGCACAUUGCAUGAAAGGAAGCUUGAGACCGAAAGCCGUCCGUUUGGGAGAGUAUGAUCUAAAGCAAAAUCCGGACUGUUCUGGGAAAGCUUGCGCUGAGCCCUACAAAGAGUAUGCCAUCGAGAAACUUAUUCCAAACGAAAACUUCAAUGGAUACAAUGCGGAUUAUGACAUCGCUUUAGUCCAGAUGGUUUCGGCGGUUCCCGUGUCAGUUGAGCAAAUUUAUCCGAUUUGUCUUCCGUUGACAGAGAAUCUUUUGAUGCUGAAACCUAGCAAGCUGACCGUGACCGGAUGGGGUUUGACGGAACGACAGGAACCUUCCUCGGUUUUGCUAGAGGCUGAACUGCAAAUUACCAACCGAAUGUCCUUAUGUGAUGGAGAGCGUACAUUUUGCGCCAGAGGAAGAGAUAUGGAGGGCCAUUGCCGUGGGGAUUCUGGUGGACCUUACCAAACCGUGGUAUGGUCUGGAAGCAACUAUAAAUAUGUUUUAUUCGGUAUAAUUUCCGGAGGAUCCGGGCAGUGCGAUAUUAAGGACAGACUACCGGGAGUCGGUGUAAUGGUCGGAUUUCACAUCUACUGGGUGUUGGAUCACAUGGACAUUUAGCGGUACAAGUGCACUCCUAAAUGAGAUGCUUUCUGUGUCUGAUAAUGGUCAAUUACUAACCAGCUCUUGGUAGUGGCACACGAGGAUCAUUUCAAUCCAAAAACACUGGUUUGAGAUCUGCGUACUGUGGAUACAUCAUACAGAGAUAGUGGAUGACCCUGUUUGGGUUCUCGCGUAACGCAUCGGUUAUGAAAAUCGAAACAUUCCCAGUGUUCAAAAUGUAUUUCAACGCUUUGUAAUACCCGCAAAAUAUAAUUAAUUAACUUCAACA